AUGUCUUCUGAGAGCUCCCCACUACAGCACGUGGAAACCAUGCCAGUUUUUGAAGCUUUUCGGAGAGUCAAACGUUUGAGGUUGUUUGAACCGUCUCUGGGUGUUGCUGGAUUUUUUCUAGUCUCUGCCUUUGUUAUAUGCUGCUUCUUCUACAUUGAUUACGGAGAACUCUGUGGAAGAUUUGGGCUUUCGGGUCAAUCUCAGAGGUUUAAUUGGUCACAACAGAUAAGAGGUUCAGCAGAGGAACAUAGAGUUGAAUUUCUUGGAGAAAAGAAUGGUGGGUGUGAUUUGUUUGAGGGUAACUGGGUUUGGGAUGAAAGUUACCCUUUGUAUCAAUCAAAAGAUUGCAGCUUCCUCGAUGGAGGAUUUCGGUGCACUGAGAAUGGAAGACCUGAUUUGUUUUAUACAAAGUGGAGAUGGCAACCAAAAGAUUGCAACUUGCCCAGGUUCAAUGCAACAAUGAUGUUGGAAAAACUGAGAAACAAGCGCCUAGUGUUUGCUGGGGACUCAAUUGGGAGAAACCAAUGGGAGUCACUAUUAUGCAUGCUCUCUUCUGGAGUACCUAACAAGGAAUCAAUCUAUGAAGUAAAUGGCAACCCAAUCACAAAGCACAAGGGGUUCUUGGUGUUCAGAUUCAAGGAUUUUAACUGUACAGUGGAAUAUUAUAGAGCUCCAUUUCUUGUAUUGCAAAGCCGGCCUCCCCGUGGAACCAGUCGAAAGAUUAGGACAACCCUGAAAUUGGAUAAAAUGGAUUGGAACUCUUUCAAGUGGAGAGAUGCAGAUGUUUUGGUACUUAACGCAGGACACUGGUGGAAUUAUGAGAAAACCAUAACAAGCGGUUGUUAUUUCCAAGAAGGGAUGGAAGUAAAGUUGGAAAUGAAGGUAGAAGAUGCAUAUAAGAGGUCCAUUGAAACAGUACUAAACUGGAUACAAGAUACAGUAAAUCCUAGGAAGACUCAAGUUUUCUUUCGUACCUAUGCCCCUGUGCAUUUCAGAGGUGGAGAUUGGAAUAAAGGUGGAAGCUGUCAUUUGGAAACAGUGCCAGAGCUAGGCUCGUCAUUGGUGCCCAAUGAUACCUGGUCACGAUUCAAAAUAGCCAAUUCUGUGUUAUUAGCACAUAAAAACACUUCUGAAGUUUUGAAGUUCAAGGUAUUGAAUGUAACCCAGAUGACAGCUCAGAGAAAUGAUGGGCAUUCAUCUAUCUAUUAUCUCGGUCCUGAUGCGGGCACUGCACCUCUUCAUCGCCAAGAUUGCAGCCACUGGUGUUUGCCUGGUGUACCUGAUACAUGGAAUGAGCUUCUUUAUACAUUGUUCCUCAAAUAUGAAACAUCUCAUAGAUGA